AUGUCUGACCCAACCGGUUCCCCUGCCAGCGCUGCGGCAGCUGUUGUGACGAACCCGUCAAACCCUCAGCAAACGGCGACAUUCGUUAAGGAGGAGGCAUCGGAUGAUUUGCUGGCCGCACUACCACUCAUUCCAGCUGCGGGUCUGCCGCUCAUUGUUAGCGUAGGUGGUUCUGCCGUACCUGCCGUUGUUGAUUCCGCAGGCAUGAUAGUGAGGCCUCUCGGCUCGGCGCCUUCUUGGAUCAAACCCGACAUAUUUCCAGCAGCCGACAGUAUUGGGGAGACGUUGAACCCUGGAAAAACGGUGCCGGUAGGGUCUGGCUCUGGUGGUGGUGCUGGGACUGGCUCCGGUGGUGGUAGUGAGUCUGGCUCCGGUGACGGUGCUGGAUCUGGCUCCGGUGGCGGCAAUGAGUCUGAAUCCGAUACCGAGUCUAGCUCGGGCAGCAAUACGGAAUCUGGCUCGGGUGCAGAGCCCACAGGCAGCUCCAGCAGCACCUCGCCGGAAGAGAGCAGCACUACUGAACCCGAAAGCAGCUCUACCGAACCUCCAGGCGAGACCCUUGCCACGAGGACUAUCACGAUCACGACGGAUAUCAAUACCUUUAGAGCCAUACCAAAUUUUCCAAUCAUCACCGGCUCCGGACGCCCUGCCGACACUCCGGGCGCCUCUAACACCCAAAAUGAUUCCCAACCGUCUAAAACCGACAAUAAUUCCCAGCCCACCAACACUGACAAUAACUCUCAACCGUCCAACAACGAAAACAACUCCCAAUCGUCCAACAACGAAGAUUCUCAACCCUCCAACAACGAAAACAACUCCCAACCGCCCAACAAUGAAAACAAUUCCCAGCCGUCUAACACUGAAAACAAUUCUCAACCCUCGAACACCGAAAAUGCUUCUCAAACCAGCAAUCUCCAGCCCAUGUAUACGCCUGAUCCUUCUUUGACCACGGUGGAUUCCCACGGCAAUGGAACCAAAAUCCAUGUUGAUUCCGGAUGUAUCUCUGUCAAUGGCCAGACCAUCUGCGGCCAUUGGGAUCUGGCGACUGUACGUACCGAUGCAGAGACCAGUAAGGUGAAGAUUUAUGGCAAAUUCGACAGCGAGGACGCCGCUUGGUAUAACAAAAAAGGCGGCUGUGAGCUCACCGCCAGCUGGCCGUCAGAAUAUGGCGAUGUUCGCUACCAAGACGACAACUGCCUCCAUGAUGCCGAUGGCAAUAUCAUAGACAACCAAUGCUGCACUGAACCGGCGAAAGAUGACGUUCCAAACCCUUACGGGCCGAUCUGCAAAAGGGAGUACAGUUUUUCCGUUGAUCAAGUCACCAUCUACAGCAGCGGCUGGAUGACGGAUGACGGAUCGAACCUCUGGAAACAGAUGUCCCGUUGCGGCCCGGUCACAAAAUGGGAAGUCAAUCCGGUUCGCAAUCAGGCGGGUCAAAAAUGGGUUUACUUCCACCUCCCAAUCCAGAUUGGCGGGUCAUGUGUGCAGCAGGGUAUUUGGGAAGCAGGGGGGCCAUGGGCGAACUGCUAG